GGACGAGACGGGGAGUCCAACGCACCAUACCUCCAGCCCCCGUUCCCUUCCACCUGUCUGCCUCUCUCGCUUGUCGGCUCAAUUCUGUCUGUUGCCCUCGCGAGCGGGGGCGGCGGCGGCGAUGGACGGCCACGGCCACGGCGACGGCCGGCAGCCCAUGCUGGAGAAGGGCCCGCCGAGCCACCGGGAGCGGCACUUCACGGCCGGGGAGGUGGUGCGCGACGUCAUCAUGGGCGUGUCCGACGGCCUCACCGUGCCCUUCGCCCUCGCCGCGGGCCUCUCCGGCGCCAGCGCGCCGUCAUCGCUCGUCCUCACCGCCGGCCUCGCCGAGGUCGCCGCCGGGGCGAUCUCCAUGGGCCUCGGAGGGUACCUGGCUGCCCAGAGCGAGGCAGAUCACUACAAGCGGGAGAUGAAGAGGGAGCAGGACGAGAUCAUUGCCGUCCCAGACACCGAGGCUGCUGAGAUUGGGGAUAUCAUGGCAGAGUACGGGCUCGAACCGCAUGAGUAUGGCCCCGUUGUGGAGGGCCUCCGGAGGAACCCGCAGGCUUGGCUCGAGUUCAUGAUGAGGUUUGAGCUCGGAUUGGAGAAGCCGGAUCCUAGAAGAGCCUUGCAGAGUGCUUUAACAAUAGCGCUAUCUUAUAUCAUCGGCGGAUUGGUCCCUCUCCUGCCCUACAUGUUCAUCUCCACGGUCCAGGACGCCAUGCUCACAUCAGUUGGAGUAACGCUGCUCGCGCUCCUUUUCUUUGGCUACAUCAAGGGUCGGUUUACUGGGAACCGCCCGUUCCUUAGCGCUGUCCAGACUACUAUUAUCGGUGCUGUUGCUUCUGCUGCGGCAUACGGGAUGGCGAAGGCUGUGCAAGCUAGAUAAUCUUAUGGGGUGCACUUGUAUCCAAACUUUUCACUAGCCUGCAAUGAAUUCAGAACAGAUGUGAAUUUGCUUCUUUGAACAAAGCAUUAUACAGUAUUACAUUGCAAUCAGUUGCAGAUGAAGCUAGUCUGUUCCUCCUUUAUCUAAAAA